AUAACGCGCGCGAGAUAUCCACCGCAGACCGAUCUGUCUAAUAGUAAUAUAAUCUAAGUUUUGGUGGUAAAUGGUAGUCCGAGUAGUCCGACUACAUCUCCUGUAGCCCGAACAGGCUGUGCGACCGAUUGUCUAUACAGGUCUUCUAAUCCUAGCAAGACCGUUUCUUGGAGCAGAGCUACAUCUCCUGAUACUGUCAUUACUGAUACUGAUAGUGAUAAUUGCAUGGCUGUAAAAAACCACGUCUCAAGUUUACGCAUCUCUCCGAGCUUUGCAACAUUCUGUGAGCGAGCGAACGGCGGACGCGAAGGCACGCCUUAGCGCAUCCGCGCGCACACGCAUGGCAACAGCCAUCUCCGGCGGAUCCACGCGAGGCACGACAAGCGACGACAAGCGACGGCGAUGAUCAUUUCACGCGGAACGGACGAGCUCCUGCUCGCCAAACUGAGCGGCGCCGGAUGGCCGAACGCCGGGCCGAUCGCCGACGAAACCCGCGGCUCGCAGCAUCCGCACGCCGAGCGCCAGCAGCAGAUGCUCGUCCGCUACGUCGUCGAGACGAUGCUGCAGCACGGCGUCUGCGUCGUCGACAGCUUCCUCGGCAACGGCCGCGGCGACGACGUGCUCGCCGAGAUGCGGCGGCUGCAGGCGAGCGGCGUCUUCACCGAUGGCCAGGUCGUCGGCAGCAGACGCUCGAAGCGUAUCCGCGGCGACAAGAUCUCGUGGCUGGACGGCACGGAGAAGCACGCGCCGCGCGUCGCGCAUCUUCUCGCAAUGCUCGACGCCAUCAUGCUCAGGGUCGGCCGCGUGCUCCACGAGGUCAACGGCACGCGCAUCAGCGGCCGCUCGAAGGCGAUGCUGGCAUGCUACCCCGGCAAUGGUACAGGAUACGUGAGACACAUUGACAAUCCUAACGGUGAUGGGCGCGUGAUAACAUGUAUUUACUACCUCAACAAGAACUGGGACAGCAAGGAACAUGGAGGUCUAUUAAGAAUAUACCCUGAGGGACAGGAUCGUGUGGCAGAUAUUGAGCCCAUCUUAGAUCGGUUGUUAUUUUUCUGGUCUGAUCGCCGAAAUCCACACGAGGUCCGGCCUGCGUAUGCUACGAGGUAUGCGAUUACAGUUUGGUACUUUGAUGAAGAGGAGAGAAAGCAGGCACUAAUAAAAAUGCAGACUGGAGCACUCAAGAAAACAUUGAAGACUUCCACAUCUGUUCACCUGUCGCCAUCUGGUGGUCAGUCCAAACGAUCUCGAAUGGAAUAAUCGGAAUAUGGUGCUGAAACCUUAUCAGGGAUAUUGGGCAGCCUGCUCCACAAUGCUGUGUAAACUCUCUAGUGACACUGUAUUGAUUUACUAGUAUUUUUAUUUUUAUUAUAUCUCACUCACUCAGCAACCCAGCCUGCCUGGAUAGUCUAUCACCGCGUUCACACGGUAAUGGUUUGGCUCGAGCUAAAUGGGCUAAAUUUGGCUCAGGCUAAAUUUGGCUUGGGCU